AUGUUUUGUGUUUUAUGUGCUUUUGUCUUUGAUUGAGUGGUGCUGGUUAAAUUCUUCUCAUCCACAUCAUUUCCUUUUUUCUUUCCCCCCCUCUGUGAUGGUUUGAUGUUUUGGCUGUGUUAUCCAGCUACUUCUUUCAUGAGUAAUGUAAUUCUUCAGUUAGUGGUGCUCCUCUGUAAUAUACUACUUUUUCUGCAGGUUUCAACAAUACGGGAGAGCAAAUCCGAUGAUAGAAGAUUUUCUAUCUUCACGGGAACAAAGAGAUUGCAUUUGAGAGCAGAGACGCGAGAUGAUCGGAUAGCAUGGAUGGAAGCGCUGCAAGCUGUGAAGGACAUGUUCCCUAGAAUGUCCAACAGUGAGUUAAUGGCUCCCUUGGACAAUGUCUCCAUCUCGACAGAGAAGUUGAGGCAGAGAUUGUUGGAGGAGGGUGUGAGUGAGGCUGCUAUUCAAGACACUGAACAACUUGUGAGGAAUGAGUUUGCGUCUUUGCAGACCCAAUUCAUGCUGCUGAGGCAGAAGCAUCGGCUCUUAAUUGAUACCUUACGGCAGUUAGAGACAGAAAAGGUUGAUUUGGAGAAUACAGUUGUUGAUGAGAGUCAAAGACAAUUGAAAGGGGUAUAUGCUCGAACAAGGCAGGACAAGUACAGUGAAGCAAGUGCUAGUGAAUCUGAGGAUGACAAUGAAAGAGUCGAGGCGGCGGAGGAGGAUACAGAUGAAGAGGAGAAUACUUUCUUCGAUACCCGAGAUUUUUUGUCUUCUAGUUCUUUUAAAAGUAGUGGAUCUGAUUAUAGGAUAUCACCAUCUUUCUCAUCCGAUGAAGAUUGUCCUGUUGAAUUUGAUGAUGGCAUGGAUCCUGCCAUUAAAUUGGCGGGUUCCAAGUUCCCUUACAUUAAGCGCCGCAAGAAAUUACCUGAACCAGUUGAGAAAGAGAAAGGAGUUAGCCUAUGGUCUAUGAUUAAAGAUAACAUUGGGAAGGACCUCACUAGAGUUUGUCUACCGGUUUAUUUCAACGAGCCUCUGUCAUCUCUGCAGAAGUGUUUUGAGGAUCUGGAAUAUUCAUAUCUUAUUGAUCGUGCUUAUGAAUGGGGAAAAAAGGGUAAUAGCCUUAUGAGGAUUUUGAAUGUAGCCGCAUUUGCAGUAUCUGGAUAUGCUUCUACUGAAGGAAGAAGUUGCAAACCCUUUAAUCCAUUACUGGGAGAGACAUAUGAGGCUGAUUAUCCAGAUAAGGGGCUUCGCUUUUUCUCAGAAAAGGUUAGUCAUCAUCCCAUGAUUGUAGCUUGCCACUGUGAGGGUACGGGUUGGAAGUUUUACGGUGAUAGCAACUUGAAAAGUAAAUUCUGGGGUCGCUCUAUCCAACUUGACCCUGUUGGUGUUCUAACGUUAGAAUUUGACGAUGGAGAAGUUUUCCAAUGGAGUAAGGUAAAAAAUUUUUUGCAAUACCAAGGCUUCCUACACUGUAAAAUGUCUUUUUUCUUUUCUUUUUUUUUUUGUGAUUUACUAAUGAUUUCUUUAAGACAGGUAACAACAUCAAUUUACAAUCUUAUUCUUGGAAAAUUGUAUUGUGAUCAUUAUGGUACAAUGCGUAUCCAAGGAAACCGUACCUAUUCAUGUAAGCUGAAAUUCAAGGAGCAAUCUAUCAUAGAUCGAAACCCUCACCAGGUGCAAGGAAUUGUCCAAGAUAGGAGUGGGAAGACGGUGGCAACGUUGUUUGGCAAGUGGGAUGAGAGCAUGCAUUAUGUAAAUGGGGAUUUUUCUUCCAGAAUCAAAGGAGCUGAAGCCUUGUCAGAAGCGCAUCUGCUGUGGAAGCGGAGCAGACCUCCUAAGUUCCCUACCAGAUACAACUUUACACGCUUUGCUAUUACAUUGAACGAGCUUACUCCUGAUCUAAGGGAUAGGCUACCUCCAACGGAUUCGAGGUUGAGGCCUGAUCAACGUUGCUUGGAGAAUGGGGAGUAUGAACAGGCAAAUGCAGAGAAGUUACGGCUAGAGCAACGGCAAAGACAGGCUCGUAAAAUGCAGGAGAGGGGUUGGAAACCGCGGUGGUUUGCAUAUGACAAGGAAAGUGAUACCUAUCGUUAUGCUGGUGGAUACUGGGAGGCUAGAGAAGAGGGGCAAUGGGAAUCAUGCCCCGACAUUUUUGGUCAAAUUCCUCCUGAACAGCUCUUCGAUUAAGAUCCACAGUUUCUUGUUGCUGCUUUUAUCAUUUUAUAACGCAGCUGUUGACACUUGUUCAUAGUCUUAACUGUGGAUAUUUGAAGAGAUUGUUUUCACCAAACAACUGGUAAAUAGUUUAGCAAUCGAGUUUACUUUUUUCUACUUUUUUAUCAUUUUUUAUCUCUUAGCAGUAAUAAACAGAAAGACGAAGAGAGUAUGUAACACUAAGAGGUUAUGUACACAAAUGUGUGGUUAGGAGGGGUAUACUUUUAAAAAAAGGGUGAAAAUAUUAGCAGACCUUGUAUAUAACAUUUUUAUGUUGAGAAAAUUGUAGACAGCCAUUAUUGCUCAUUCAAUGGAAGUGUAAACUGUCACGUCAUUAUCAUUGUUUAGCCAAAUGUCAUUUUUUUUAAGAGUAAUUGAAUUGCAGAUCAUAUAGCUUACGGAAUAUUUGUAUAGAG